AUGUCCAACGAUACCUACAAUCUCGUCCAGUCCCGCUAUGGUGACAUCGCUAAGCAGACUUACACCACUCAGCAGCACGAGAAAGAAGAGCAGAUCGCCAGAGCCUUUGGCUAUAGUGCGGAAGAUCUCAGUUCGCUUCCAGAGAAGACGAAUCUCGGGUUAAGUUGCGGAAACCCAGUAGGGUUUGCCAAUGUGAAAAAAGGUGAGACGAUUCUGGACCUUGGCAGCGGCAGCGGCAUUGACGUCCUCCUGGCGGCCCGUAAAGUCGGGGUAAAUGGACAGGCAAUCGGCGUUGACAUGACAAAGAAGGCGGGAGUCUCCAAUGCCAAGUUCUUUGAAGCAACUAUCAAUUCCGUGCCACUACCAGACUCCAGCAUCGACUGCAUUAUUAGUAACUGUGUUAUCAACCUCGUCCCAGAAAUCGACAAACAGGCCGUCUUCAAGGAGAUUGCUCGCCUACUGAAGCCGGGCGGAAGGAUUGCCAUCAGUGAUAUUCUGGCUCGAAAGCCACUCCCGGAUCAAAUUACCAAAAACAUGGCGCUAUACACCACCAUGGCGCAUCCCGCGGUUGCCCAGCCGGGGCCAACUGUUCCCGACUUCGUCAACGGGCAUGAGAGCAUACAAUGCCCAUACCCGUCUCUGGCUAUACCGCAGAGCGAGGAUGAUGCCGAUAUUCGUCAGCAAUACCGACCCUUCAUUCUCGACGACGCGGCCGAGGACUGGGUCAAUGCCUUGGAGCUGACAACCGCCAUGAACUUGGCAAUGCAGGAACUGCAAAAAUCAAACAACCGACUGAAGGUGCUGGUGUUAUACGGCAGCCUGCGUCGGAGAUCCUACUCUCGCCUGGUGGCGCUGGAAGCCAGCAGGAUUCUCUUGCGUCUGGGGUGUGACGUGCGUGUGUUUAAUCCCGAGGGGUUACCGGUGAAGAAUGAUACCGAGCACGGCCAUUCCAAGGUACAAGAACUCCGAGAGCUCAGUAAGUGGAGCGAUGGGCAUGUUUGGGUAUCUCCCGAACAACAUGGGAAUCUUACCGCGGUCUUCAAGAAUCAGAUCGACUGGAUCCCGUUAAGUACCGGUAGUGUGCGUCCAACGCAGGGCCGGACCCUCGCUAUUGCGCAGGUGUGCGGUGGCUCGCAAUCGUUCAAUGCUGUUAACUCUCUGCGUCUUCUCGGCCGGUGGAUGCGUAUGUUCACCAUCCCUAAUCAAUCUUCAAUCCCGAAGGCGUAUACACAUUUCCCUGAUGAAGGUCAACCGGGAGAUCAGAGACUUAUGCCAAGUGGUAACCGGGACCGACUGGUGGAUUGCAUGGAGGAGUUUGUAAAGUAUACCUUCCUCAUACGGCCCCACUUGGAACUUUUUGGUGAUCGGUUCAGUGAGCGGGAAGAGAAAAGGGCCAAGGAGGAGAAGCUGCGGCUGGCACGAGUGAUACAACCCUAGCUUGAUAAUGGGAUGGGUCCGUGUAUAUACCUGUGGCAUUGGAGAGGUCAGGCUCUAGGCUGUAUACUUUAGUUACUGCAUGUGAAUAAUCAG